UUUUCUCUCACUAUAAAACCCCACUACCAUUAGAAUGAAUUCGAAGAAUUCUCUCUCUCUCUCUCUCUCACACACACUGAAACACACAGUGAGCGUGUUGCAGUAUUCCCAAUUUGAGAGGGACAAAUGGACGAAAAACUGGUGGGUUUGCUGAGGAUUAAUGUAAUAAGAGGGAUAAAGCUUGCUAAAAGAGACGCAUUGGGCAGCGAUCCUUACAUUAUUGUUAGAAUGGGAAAACAGAAAUUAAAAACCAGCGUGGUGAAAAAGACCCUCAAUCCCGAGUGGAACGACGAACUUACGCUGUGCGUUACCGAUCCAAAUCAUCCAAUCACCUUCCACGUUUACGACGAAGAUGUUUUCCUAGACGACAAAAUGGGCGACGCGGAAUUCGACAUAAAGCCGUUUGUACAAGCUUUGAAGAUGCAUCUAGAUAUGCAUCUAGAGAAUGUUCCGAGCGGAACAAUAAUCACAAAGGUGAAACCACAUAGGGAAAAUUGCUUCUCGGAGGAGAGUGCGAUUACGUGGGAAAAUGGAGAACUUGUCCAACAUAUGUUUCUUCGGCUUAGAAAUAUCGAAUGCGGUGAAAUCGAGGUGAAGUUGCAGUGGAUCAAGGUCCCCGGAGGCUCUAAAAGCCACUAAGAUUAAUUUCUUUAUGUUGGUGUAAAAAUAAUUUUAAUUUUUUUUUCGACUUAUUUUAAAAUGUAAGUGUGUGAAUUGUUUUCAAUAUGUUUCAUAUUUGUUUUCCGAAUUUUUUUAAGUGCGUGUAAUUUGUAAAUCUCCUAAACCUUGCUUGCGAUGAAAUCUCGAUUCGAUUUUUUGCUAACUUUUAUUUA